UACACCACACGAGCACACGGCGGCGGAGGAUUCCCGGCGGCUCUUGGCGGAUUCAGCGGCCAGUGGAGGUGCGCCGGCCGCGGCCCAUCCAGUUCCUAGCCCCUGCCCUUAAUUCCCUCCCGACGAAUCGAAGUUGUGGAAAUGCCGGCGCCGGUGAAGUCGGUGCUCCCCGUUGUGCUCCUCGGCUGCGGCGGCGUGGGCCGCUACCUCCUCCGCCACAUCGUGUCCUGCCGUCCCCUCCACGCCAACCAGGGCGUGGCCAUCCGGGUGGUUGGCGUCGCCGAUAGCUCCUCCCUGCUCGUCGCCGACGACGUCCACUCCAGCGGCCUCGAUGAUGCGCUCCUCACCCAGCUCUGCGCCGCCAAGGCCGCCGGCUCUCCCCUGUCUGCCCUGCUCGGCCAAGGGCACUGUCAGCUGUUCCAGAACCCUGAGGCUAGGAGCAAAGUCAUUGACGCCGCUACCAUGCUUGGAAGAACAACUGGCCUGGUACUAGUUGACUGUUCUGCAACCUAUGACACUGUUAGUCUGCUGAAGGAUGCCGUGGACCAUGGAUGCUGCAUUGUAUUGGCAAACAAGAAACCUCUUACCGGUGCUUAUGAGGAUUUUCAAAAGUUGGUCUCCAACUUCCGUCGGAUAAGAUUUGAAUCUACUGUUGGAGCAGGUUUGCCUGUGAUAGCUUCCGCAACCCGUAUUAUUGCAUCUGGAGAUCCAGUUUCUUGUAUAGUUGGCAGUCUAAGCGGUACACUUGGGUAUGUGAUGAGUGAGCUGGAGGAUGGAAAGAAAUUUAGUGAAGUUGUGAAAAAAGCCAAGUCUCUUGGCUAUACAGAACCAGAUCCACGUGAUGAUCUUGGUGGAAUGGAUGUGGCUAGAAAGGCGUUGAUCCUUGCUAGGCUUCUGGGGCAACAAAUCAGCAUGGACAAUAUCAAUGUCGAGAGUUUAUAUCCUAGCGAAUUAGGACCUGAUGCAGUAUCCACAGAGGACUUCCUUGAAAGUGGUUUAGUACAACUUGACAAGAGCAUGGAAGAAAGAGUGAAAGCAGCAUCUUCAAGAGGAAAUGUUCUUCGCUAUGUCUGUGAGAUUGGAAGCACAGGGUGCCAGGUAGGCCUUAAAGAGGUCCCAAAAGAUUCAGCGCUCGGUAGAUUGAGGGGAAGUGACAAUGUGGUGGAGAUAUACAGCCGAUGCUACGAGAGCUCCCCUCUGGUGAUCCAAGGGGCGGGGGCUGGCAACGACACCACAGCUGCAGGCGUUCUUGCUGAUAUAAUCGACCUCCAAGACCUGUUCAGGAAGACGGCAUGAUUAGUGUCCACCCCCAUCCUGUUAGUACCAGAGCGUUUGAUAGCUGUACGUAAUAGCCAUCCUUGAGUAAUGAGUGGUGGUGUCCUCUGUGGGAUGAGAGGGUUGGUCGAGGAGUUGAGGUCGUAUGGACACUUUUGUUCAUCCAGCUGCUGCAUACUGUUGCGAGCAAAUUGGCAAACUGGGACAUGCGAUGCCGAGUUUUUUUUUUUCCGAGAAACAAAUAUUUGUUUGACUGAAACAAGAUCCCGUUCUGUAGAAGCAACCAGGCAUGGUGGUGCUGGUGAUACCUGGAA